ACUUUGUAUCUGCAUAUUUAUGCAUAAACAAUGCUCUAAUAUUUAUGACAUAUAUUAUAAUUCGUAGAUUGAGGUAGAAGAAAUACUUGAAAAUGAAACUUCCAACAGUGAAACAAAAUCAAGUAUGACAGAGGAGAAACAACGACGCUUGUUUCUCUGCCUACACUCAAUAAAUUUCGCUCAAUGCUGAAUGUGACAGGACCUUCUGCCUUUGCGGAUGCAAUAUUAAGAGAGUUGUUGAAUCAAACACGUAAAGAAGACGUAAAGAAAGCUGCGGACAUAGGUUCAAUGCUUGUUUUGCUCGAUCCAUUUUCACUGUCGUUGGCGUAUUUAUCUUCUGUCAAAGCUCUUAUAAAGCAACCCAAGUCGGAAAAAACUCUUGUUGAUCCAAAGGGCUGGGGUGUAGCUCGUCUUCUCUCACAUUCAACUGCAAUUGGUUUACUUCGUGAUCAAUCACAAAAGAAAUCGGACGACGAGGAUGUUGAACGACCAAUCAAACUUCAGCGUUUUGAUGACGACGAUAAAUUAUGGACUUCCAAAUCAAUUAUACAACAAGGAAUUGUUACGUUGUUUGAAGAAUUGUGCCAUGAAUUGAACCAUAAUGAGAUUGGGGCUAGGGCCUCGUUUGCUGUGUCUUUUAUGAAGCAAGCGAUAUCUUGUAGCGGCGUUUUCUCUUCGCCAACUUAAGCUGUCUUCAACCACAUCUUAUAGCCGAAGUGGUAUCGUUCGUACCAGGCUCUGCUCUACCUUCCGAUUAUUUACUUGGUUUGUAUGACUUAGAGUCGAGGGAAGGUCGUGAACUGUGUGCGAAAGCAGUUUGUAGAAAACAUGAAUUUUUACAUGUGUAGAAUAUGAAUUUGAAAUUUCGAAAACCUCUAACGAUAAAGCUGCCAAGUUGAUCAUUAUAUUAAUUCCUUUUGAUCUCUGUAACUGUAACUUGGAAUUGUCAAAAACCAUGAUCAUCAUUGUAGGCAGAAGUCUGGUUGAUCCUUAGCUUUAUCAUCGCUGAACAUUUCUUACUUUUUAGUGGUUGUUAAUAUCGUAAACAUGGAGCAGUAAUGGUUUGUCUGGUCGUUAUGAUACAGAAUUUAACAAACAAAAUGACUGACUUUGAUUGGUGCUAGAUUACGUUGUCAUGCUUAGUUAUGGAUAUAGAUUAGAAACUUUUUCUGACAUACCUUUAUUUCAACCGUCUUCUUAGAAGUAUCUAUCUGCUCCAAAAUUAUAUUCUGAUUCAGCGACGGAACGAGCAUUCCACGAUUAUCUUAUGAAAUCUUAUGUAAAAUAUCCUUAAAGUAUAGAAUUACAACAAUGUAAAUUUCAAAUUUUAUAUACAUAUGACAUGUAUAGCUUGUGAUAAGAUUUGCAACUCAUUGUUACAGUGUGAUAGCAGUUGCUAUUGGUUGAUAAAAUGGAUUUAUUCUGUAAGUAUCCAUUUGUGUACAACAUGAUAUUCAAUAAAAAUCAUUAAACAAUCACUAAA